UACUAUCCUGCGCGUGCGCGCGCACGAGACGCCGAUGAUGGAUGCGCCAAUGGCGAGACGGACAGAUGCUGGGGCGGAUCUAAGGGCGCGCGCUGCUGCGGACGCGCGCACACUCGCGGCGAGGUCUGCGCGGAAAACAUCGUCCACGCGGGCGGAGACUCGCAGCUCCCGGUGGCGCCCGCUCCCGCUCCCGCUCCCGCCGCCAUCGCUCCGCGGACGAGCUUCGAGCUUCCCGCUGCACAUCUGGCGAGGAGGACAAAAGAAGAACGGAGGAGGUUCAGGGGCUCGCCCUCCCCUCUGCAUCGCCUUCACGGGAUUAUGAGACUUCUUCCAUCCUGAACUUUUGCUGCAGGCCGGAAACAAAAAGUGGGAAUAUUGAGGAAAGAGAGAGCCCCCCCCCUUCAACAUUCCUCGCGUCUCUCAUUUAAAUAUCACACCCUCCCCCCGAGAAAAAAAAGAAUUGCCGUAAAAGAAAAGUGCCACCUCCUUCCUUCCUCCCUUCCUUCCGUCCUUCCUUCCUUCCUUCCUUCCUUCCUUCCUUCCUUCCAAACAGGGAGACCCAAUCAAGCGCGCAUCUCAUCGAUUCCCAAAGAACUAAAAAAAAAAAAAAAAAAAAAAAAAAAAAAAAGAAGAGGGAGGCACGUGCACGUGCUUGGGCAAAACAUUGAUGGACCCCUUGUUCCUCACGUAACCUACCUCUUCAUCCUCCUCAUCAUCUGGAUUUUUUUUUUUUAGGGGGGGGGGCUUCAAACACCUGGAGGGGCGCGCGCACGGUCCUCGUGGAGGCUCCAUUCAGUUCAACGCGCCUGUUGCCGGAGAUCACGCACGCACGCGACCCCCCCGGACGGACGUGCACGCGCCCUGGAAAAAGGGGGAAGCGUUUCACCUCCACACUCGCCCCCCCCCUCCGGCACCGAGGCGGCGACACGCAGCCCAGCCGAGCCGAGGGCGAGCGCAGCCAUCCCGGGGAAGGAAGAGAGGAAGGGACGCCGCUACCCCCGGCUCUCCUCCACCAACCUCUUUCUCUUUGCCUUGUUUUUUUUUUUUUUUUUUUUUUUUUUAAUUUGUCGCCCCGCACUCGCUCCUCCGAUGCGGGAGUCCUGAGCGAGCGAGCGCCGACCGAGGGGCGGGCUGGAGCGGUGGGUGGGUAGUGGCCGCAGAGGAAGCGCCUUCCCCGGGGCCAGACACGCCGAUAUGCCGCGGAGGAAGCAGCAAGCGCCGCGGCGCGCAGCAGCAUACGUCCCCGAAGAUGAGAAGGAAGCGGCACUGCUGGACGAGAACCUGGACGGCGAAGACUCAGCCCAAGAAAUGGAGGAACCCGCUGCCAAAUUCCUGUGUCGGGACGCAAAUGACGGACCAGGGUCUGGGCCCGAGUUCCAUGAUUCGCCAACUGCUGCUGACUUCUCUGGCCAGGAGAUGGACAGCGAGUCUCACCUGAGCGAAUCCAGCGACGGGAUGUCCGACUUUGAGAGCCUGCCGCUUAAAACAGAGGAGGACAUUCUCCUUUUUAAAGACCCUGCCAGUGUAUUGUCGUUGUCCUCUACUGCCAUGGCGGCCGCGGACAACGCGGCCACGCCAGGGAGAGGUGAUGAAGCCGUGCUUUCCGGCUCCGUUCUUUCCACCUCCAACUCCGUGGCUGACAGCCUGGAGAAGAUGAAGGCCAUCUACACGUCUUUCUUGACCAACUCCUACUGGUCCACCGUGAACCUGAACCUGAGCCACCCACCCCAGGAGAAGCCCCCUCGCAGCCACAGUAACAGCAGUAGUAGCAGUAGCAGCAGCAGCUGCGGUAGCGGGUACGACUGGCACCAGACAGCCGUCGCCAAAACCCUCCAGCAGGCUUCACAGAACCACCAAAACCGACUGGCCAUGACCCAGCACCCCGCAGUGGCCGUGUCGGCAGCUUCCGCUGAGCCGAGCCUGUUCAGCACUGUGCAGCUUUACCGCCAGAGCUCCAAACUCUACGGAUCCAUCUUCACCGGCGCCAGCAAGUUCCGCUGCAAGGACUGCAGUGGAGCAUACGACACCCUGGUGGAGCUCACGGUGCACAUGAACGAGACCGGACACUACCGGGAUGACAACCACGAGGUGGACAGGGAGGGGACCAGGCGCUGGUCCAAACCAAGGAAGCGCUCCUUGCUGGAGAUGGAAGGCAAGGAGGAUGCGCAGAAGGUUCUGAAGUGCAUGUACUGCGGGCAUUCCUUUGAGUCGCUUCAGGAUUUAAGCGUCCACAUGAUUAAGACCAAACACUACCAAAAAGUGCCACUGAAGGAGCCCGUGACUCCGGUGGCGGCUAAGAUCAUCUCGGCAAGAAAAAGAGCUCCCGUGGAGCUGGACGUACCCAGCUCGCCAGACUCCAAUGGAGGGGCCACGCCCAAGCUGGCCUCCCUGGCUGACGCCAAUGAGCUUCUCCAGAGGACGGCCCACCCAUACAUCACACCCAACAACCGCUACGGGCACCAGAACGGCGCCAGCUACGCCUGGCAGUUUGAGUCGCGGAAAUCGCAGAUCCUCAAGUGCAUGGAGUGUGGCAGCUCGCACGACACCCUGCAGGAGCUGACUGCACACAUGAUGCUGACUGGACACUUCAUCAAAGUCACCAACUCGGCAAUCAAGAGGGGCAAACCCAUCAUCGAGACGCCCAGCCCGGCACUGACGCCGACUGUGGAAGAGAAGGUGCAGUCAGUUCCUCUGGCUGCCACUGCCUUCUCGCCGCCACCUGCCCCAGUUCUCCCUCCCACCAGCGUCUCACCCGAUACCAUGGCUGUGGAGAUCAAAAUGGAGGAGAAGGAGGAGGAGUGCACUAAAGAAUCCAUUGUCAACAAUAACGCAAACAAGACAUCAGGAGGUGAAGAGGAAACCGAGGAGAAGUUUGACAUCUCGUCAAAGUACACGUAUCUGACUGAGGAGGAUCUGGACGCGAGUCCUAAAGGAGGUCUGGACAUCCUCAAGUCCUUGGAGAACACGGUGACCUCGGCCAUCAACAAAGCCCAGAACGGAGCUCCAAGCUGGGGAGGCUACCCCAGCAUUCACGCCGCCUACCAGCUCCCCAACAUAAUGAAGCUCUCCCUGGGGAACUCAGGGAAGAACUCCUCUCUCAAGUACAUGUUCCCCGGGGCAGAGAUCCUCUCGCCCACGGGCAAAAGCCAAACGCUGGUGACUCCUCUCAGCCUCCAAACAUCGCCGAUAUCCAAGAACAACUUCCACGCCAUGGAGGAGCUUGUCAUGAAGGUGACGGAGAAAGUGGCGAAAGUUGAGGAGAAGAUGAGGGAGCCAGGCGGCAUGGCGAGGUUGUCCCCCAUGAGAACCACACCGUCACCGUGCCACAGCGAGGCAGGGGACUCCCACAGAGGAGACUCCCCCAAGGACACCAAAACAGGAGGCUGCAAAACUCCUGAAAAUGUGACAAGUCAAACAAACCACAAGGAGUCAAACGGGGAUAGCAGUCUGAAGGAACCCACAGAGAAUGGCGUGGAGUCAGCGGAGGGGUCACCCCAGCCCGGGUCCCUCUGCGGCAGCACGGCCAUCAUCACUGACCACCCGCCCCCGGAGCAGCCCUUUGUCAACCCGCUGAGCGCCCUGCAGUCGGUCAUGAACGCCCACCUGGGCAAGGCCGCCAAGCCUGCCCUUCCCUCCCUGGAUCCCAUGAGCAUGCUCUUCAAGAUGAGCAACAGCCUGGCAGAAAAGGCGGCGGUGGCGGCCUCCACGCCACCUGCCCAGGCCAAGAAAUCCGGCAGCGACCACCUGGGUCGCUACUUCUACCAGCCGAACCUCAGUGGCAACGACCAACCUAUGGAUCUCACCAAAGGCAAGCACGCCGACAAAAACGUGUUGCCUUCCGCUACCGUGGCCGUCACCAAAGCCUCGGCUGCCGUGGCCUCCUUCAUGUCGUCGUCGCCCCUGAAGGAGAAUGCCUUGUCUGAUAUCUCCGACAUGUUGAGGAACCUGACGGAGAGCCAGGCCAUCUCCAAGGCUUCCACGCCCACCAGCUUGUCGGAGCGCUCUGACGUGGAGGGCGCCACCCAGGAGGAGGCGGAAGAGGUGUCUCCCGCCCAGAAGCGCAAAGGCCGCCAGUCCAACUGGAACCCUCAGCACCUCCUAAUUCUGCAGGCACAGUUCGCCUCCAGCCUGAGGCAAACCACAGAUGGCAAGUACAUGAUGUCGGACCUGAGCCCGCAGGAGAGGAUGCACAUCUCGCGCUUCACCGGCCUCUCCAUGACCACCAUCUCCCACUGGCUGGCCAACGUCAAGUACCAGCUGCGCAGGACCGGCAGCACCAAGUUCCUGAAGAACCUGGACUCGGCCCACCCGGUGUUCUUCUGUAGCGACUGCGCCUCGCAGAUCCGCUCCCCGUCCACCUACGUCAGCCACCUGGAGGCGCACCUCGGCUUCCGGCUGCGGGACCUGGCCAAGCUCUCUGGAGAGCAGCUCCUGGGUCAGAUCUCCCAUCAACGCCUCCACAAAGGACUCUCCGACAAACUCCUGGACCACUUGCACCCAUCCGGCCGCCCGUUGCCCUCUUCUCUGUCAUCCUUUCCCGUGGCCCUGCCCUCGUCCUUGCCCACCCUCGAUUCGGCAGCGUCGUCCCCCAACAAUGACGAGGACGAGGGGGGCGGUGCGACGGCCCACCAGUGCAAACUCUGCAACCGGACCUUUGCCAGCAAGCACGCCGUCAAACUGCACCUCAGCAAGACUCAUGGGAAGUCCCCCGAGGACCACCUCAUGUACGUUUGCGAGCUGGACAAGCAGUAGUGCAGAACACGCGACUUUACCUAACUUUACCGUACCAGGACCCGGGAAAAGCUGCCGUAUAAAAGGACGGCUGAGUUUUCUGGGGCACAUUUUUCUUUGUUGGAGGUGCAGGACGUUCAACAAACCUCCAAAUAUGAGCCCCGAGAUACAAAUUAUUAAGGUUUAAAGAAAAGAAGAAAAGUAAAAAAAAAAAAAAAAAAAAAAAAAAAAAUCCUACAAAUAAAGUGGUGUGUAUUUUGUGUAAAUGAAAUUGCUUUAUAUUUCCACAUCACCGCCGUGUGAAAAGCUGCAUGCAUCGACAAAAAAACUUUACAUCUGCUGGAGUUCUUGUUUUUUUGUUUUUCCCCAGUUGUCUCUGGUUUUUUACUGUCAUGUACGUAUGAGGAUUACGGCCAUACUGAAAAACAUACCCCCCAAAUAAAUUACCAGAAUAAUGUGGGAAAAUAAUGAGAAAACAAGUUGUGUUGCUCUUACGUUAUGAGAACAAACUGCUAAUAUUAUGAGAGAAAAGCCAGAUUGAGUCCUUGUUCGCCGUUUGGGUAUAUUGGACUCAAUGUUCAAUACCUCAUUUUAACGUUGGUGUAAUUCCAUCCAUCCAUCCAUUUUCUGAGCCGCUUAUCCUCACUAGGGUCGCGGGCGUGAUGGAGCCUAUCCCAGCUGUCAUCGGGCAGGAGGCGGGAUACACCCUGAACUGGUUGCCAGCCAAUCACAGGGCACAUGCAAACAGACAACCAUUCGCACUCACAGUCACACCUACGGGCAAUUUAGAGUCUCCAAUUUAUGCAUGUUUGUGGGAUGUGGGAGGAAACCGGAGUGCCCGGAGAAAACCCACGCAGGCACGGGGAGAACAUGCAAACUCCACACAGUCGGGGCCGGGGAUUGAACCCGGGUCCUCAGAACUGUGAGGCUGACGCUCUAACCAGUCGGCCACCGUGCCGCGUUGGUGUAAUUUCAUGAUUUUAAUAUACACCCUAUUCUUGUAAAAUCAUACGAAUAAUUUUUUUUUUUUUUUUUUCAUUAUCUGGAGUGUUUUGACUUUGUUCUCAUCAAAUUGCAAUGUUUUUUUUUUCCCUCGUAAUAUUAUGCCCAUUGUUCCAAAAGUCUGAUUUUUUUUUUAAAAUGUUUUUACUUUGUUGUCAUGCAAUUAUAGCUUUAUUUUGGGAAUAUUCUAAGACUUUUCUUCCCCUCAUAAAAUGAUGACCGUUGGCAGAAAAAUCAUAUUUUUGUCUUAACACUUUGUCAUAAAAUUACAACCUAUAAGGUAUUUUGACUUUAUUUUGUUAAAAGUCUGACUUUAUUUCUCAUAGUAUUUUGACUUUGCUCUCAUGAAAUUAGCUUUAUUCUUGUAAAAAAAAAAUAAAAUAAUAAUAAUCUCCUGCUUAUAAAAUGAUAACUACAUUCUUGUAAAAAUCACACUUGAAACACAACUAAAUUAUGACUUUAGUCUCAUAAAAGCAGAAGUUUACUCUUGUAAUAAUUCCAAGUUGGUUUAGUCUUGUAAAUUUAUUCUAAAGAAAUUGAUUUUUUUUUUCCUCAGAAAACUUGCACUUGUAUUUAUUUGAUUAUUAUUGUGCGUGUAAUGAAGAAAACAAGAACUUCCGUCUCGUGAAGUUUAGACAUUUUUCUCAUAAAAAUGUAGACUUUUGUAAUAUUGCAGCUUUACUGCCAUAAAAUAUUGGUUUCCUUCAGAAUUUGACUAUUUCUUGUUUUUGUUUUCAGUGUGGCCCUGGUACUCUGAGUACGCAAAAGCACUUAAGAAAGCAACAUUUACGCUCUUUGAAUGCAAAAAAGAGAAAGUUGUUUUUUCUUUUUUUUUUAUAUUUCACAUUGAGUGUCACGUUUCUGUCUCCAUCGUUAAAAGACAAAAUAUUGUGUGUUUGUUCAGGGACCUUUUUUUUCCUUCAGGUCUGUGUAAAAUAUGUAAAUAUAUAUAUAUAUAUAUAUUAAAAAAAAAAAAAAAAAAAACGAACUAAUAAUUCCUGUCUAAAUUAUACAUCCUUUCUAUAUUUUUUAAUUUAAAAACAAGAAAAAGAAGAAUAAUGACUGCUGGUGCACAGUAAGCAAAGACAUUUAAUGACAUUGUUUUGCACAAGACUUUUUUUUUAUACGUGUUAUUUAAUCAAAUGAUGGAAAAAAGGGAAGGUAGCAAAAAAAAGUGUUUUUUUUUAAUUAUUAUUAUGAAUGGAAUUAAAAGUCAUGCCCAAAGGGUUGAAGGGUCUUUUUAUCACUACACGUGAAAAAAAAAAAUGAGGAAAAAAAUGACAUCGCUUUAUGUCAUCUUAUUAUUUAUCAACCUUUUUUUUUUGACUCGGCCAUGUGGCCACAAUGCAGCUUUAUAUCUGUGUAUUGGAGGGGAUAUGAACGGUAACCAUGGUUACGCUGCGUUUAACCCCCCCCCACCCUCAAUAAGUGACGUGUAAAUGACAAAGUGUAAAAUAUGACGCAUGUAAAGAGCACACACAAACACAAGCUGUCCUUUCUUUUCUCUUGCUGUGUUGUUGUACUUGACAAUGAAAACAUUCAUAUUGUUGUUAUUAUUAUUAUAAUUAUUAUUAUUGUUAUGAUAACCUUGUUUUCUACUGCAGCAUUAAAAAAAGGAACCUGUUUU